AUUUCUUUUCUUUAUUUUCUGUAUAAGCAGAUCAAUCAAAUUAUUCGAAAUGGCGUCAAUAAUACCUUCAUCGCUUCUCGCAGCUCUCAACUGCAGAGGCAAUACUCAUCUCGUUAUCGGCACGAACCCGCUCGCUGCGACUCGAUGUACCCAGUCUCUAAGCUCUGGCGCAAAACCAAUCCUUAUUGCCCCCGAAGGCUCUGAGCUUCACUAUGCUCUGCAGAAGAAGAUCGACGAUGGCAGUGUCCAAUGGCACAAGAAGCAGUUCGAAGACGCCGAUUUGCUAAGACUUGGGCGCGAGGAAGUGGAUGGUGUAGUCGAUGCUGUCUUUGUCACAUCAGGACCACGAGACCCUCAAAGUCUUCAUAUUUCUACCCUCUGCAAACGAAAUCGCAUUCCCGUAAACGUCGUUGACGCUCCUCAACUCUGCACAUUCUCUCUCCUCUCGACACAUACCGACGGCCCGCUCCAGAUCGGCGUCACUACAAAUGGCCGUGGCUGUAAGCUAGCCUCGAGAAUUCGUCGUGAUAUUGCCGCUUCCCUCCCCGUCAACUUGGGUGCUGCCUGCACACGCCUCGGAGACGUCCGCCGCCGCAUCCAUGAUGAAGACUCCCUAGGCGCUCAAGACGACCCCGCCUCUCUCGAUGACUCGUACGACCAAAACGCUCAAUUCAACCGUUUAAUUACUGAGGAGGAUGCGAAGAACCGAAGGGUGCGCUGGUUGAGUCAGGUCUGCGAAUACUGGCCCCUGAAGCGCCUCGCUGCUAUUACCGACAAUGAUGUUGAGACGGUUCUCAAGUCAUACCCCGGUAAUGGCCCUGAUAUCAAGCGUGAUCCUGGUACGCCAGAGAAGCGUGUUGGUACCAUUAUCUUGGCUGGUAGCGGACCUGGUCACCCUGAUCUCCUCACCCAGGCUACUCAUAAGGCUAUCAAGACCGCUGAUCUUAUUCUUGCUGAUAAGCUGGUGCCUUCUGGCGUCCUUGACCUUAUCCCCCGCCGCACUCCUGUUCAGAUCGCUCGCAAGUUCCCCGGUAACGCAGAUCGCGCUCAAGAAGAACUUCUUGAGAUGGCUCUCGCCGGAGUUCAAGAGGGCAAAACAGUCUUGCGCCUCAAGCAGGGUGAUCCAUAUGUAUAUGGACGUGGUGGUGAGGAGGUGGCCUACUUCCGUCAACACGGCUUUGGAGACAGAGUAUCGGUUCUCCCAGGUGUUACGAGUGCUUUAAGUGCUCCUCUUUUCGCAGCCAUCCCUCCUACGCAACGUGAUGUUGCUGACCAGAUCCUGAUAUGCACUGGCACGGGCAAGAAGGGCAAGGCUCCUUCACCACCAGAGUUCGUGCCCAGCCGUACUGUGGUCUUCCUCAUGGCCCUUCACCGAAUCAACGGCCUCAUUCGUGAGCUGACCACUCACAUCGAGCUUGAGCCUCUUGCUCCGGCUAAUGAAGAGGCUGCUUCAUCGCAGCCCCCUCCUCCACCAGAACCUACUCAAGUCUCGCCUGUAACAGGCGAGAGCAAGCGAGUACUCUGGCCCCGCAACACUCCGUGUGCUGUCAUUGAGCGUGCCAGUUGUCCCGAUCAGCGGGUUAUUAGAACCACACUUGAGCAUGUUGCUGAGGCCAUUGAGACAGAGGGCAGCCGACCUCCAGGUCUCUUGGUUGUUGGACGAUCUUGCGAGACUCUUUUCACCCCUGAAAAGGGUCGAGCUUGGGUCGUUGAGGAAGGAUUUAGAGGAAUGGAGAUAGAAGACUUCACUGUCGGCCUUGAUGCCUUGCAAGCAUGAUUCAUGAUAUCCUAUAUGAUUUGGUUUGGAGUUUACGCGGGCAUGAUAAAGGUUGCAUAGCUGGAGUUGGGUACAUCUGGAUAUUACUUCUACAUAGACUCAUAUCAACAACGAUCAUUACUAU